AUGCACGCUGAACUGAGUGGAAAGAACCCUGGUUAUUACUCGGCAGUCCUUAGUAUCGUCAAAAUUGAAGUUAUGUCCACAUAUUAUAAAGCAGCAAAUAAGUGCUGCUGUGAAGCUCAGGAAAAAGAAAGAAAUGAUGUACAAAGUGCUGGGGACUUAGGACGGUGGGAGAGGGGAGUGUGCAGUGCGGUGUGCUUACACAGCUAUAUCCAAACUGAUCGCUUGGGUGUGGCAAUUCCUGUGGGACCCGCCAGCGUAAGCCCCACCCUGGCCACCACAGCCAGGUUCUGUAGAGGUGUCCUCUGGUGGCAGCCACAAAAGCUGGACACGACACGAAGCCCGGGCACCACACAUGCGCACAAGUUCCCCCUCCAGGUACGCCUGGUGCUGCGUCUCCGCGGCGGGAGUGCGCGAAGAUGGCGCCCGCCGGCGGGAGUCCUGCGCAUGAGAUGUGAUUUAAAAAAUAUCAGCUACCUCCAGUCUACCUCCAGAUUGUGCGUGGGAUGUUCUCCUGCCUGUGGACAUAGGAGCAUCUUUGUCCCAGACCUUCAGCCAUCAGAGCCCUUUUAUUCUGGAGGAGUUGUAAAGAACAUAGACUUUGUUCAAAAAAGAAUAUGGACAUUUAUUUUCACCCUGGAAGCGCUGCGAUUUGCGCUCAGGCAUAGCUACUCCAGUCAGGAAGGACGGGCAACAGCUGGGUCGGUGCUGAGUGGCCUGCAGCAUUUGCUUGUAGUCGAGAUAAAUUUGCCCGUCAAUCCCAGAUCUUUCCUGAAUGGAUUAACAGGAAAGCCAGUGAUGGUGAAACUCAAGUGGGGAAUGGAGUACAAAAGCUAUCUGGUAUCUGCAGAUGGCUAUAUGAACAUGCAGCUUGCAAACAGAGAAGAAUAUACAGAUGGAGCGUUGUCUGGUCAUUUGGGUGAAGUUUUAAUAAGGUGUAAUGUUCUUUAAUUCAGGGGUGUUGAAGAGGAAGAAGAUGGGGAAAUGAGAGAAUAGCAUCUUAUGUGGUGAAUUUAUAUGUAUGUCCAGACAAUAAACAUGUUUAAAAAAAAAAAGAAUAUGGACUUUGAAGUCACCUA